AUGGCUAAGCAGUCCUACCUUGUAUGCUUAGGAUCACAUUCAUCUGGCCAAAUUGCUGAUGUUGAAUCAGUAACCAACUCUCACUAUGAUUUCCUUGGACCUUACAUGGGAAGCACAGAGAAGGCCAAAGAAGCAAUAUUGUACUCUUAUGAUGAUAAAUUUUUUAAUGGCUUUGCUGCAGUAUUUGAUGAAAAUGUAGCAUCGAAUAUUGCAAAGCAUCCGAAUGUAAUAUCUGUAAUCUUGAGCAAAAAACAUACAAUGCACACAACUCACUCAUGGUUUUUCCUUGGGUUAGCGGGAAAAACCGGUGAAGUUCCAAAGGCCUCAUUAUGGCAGAAAUCAUUUGGUGAAGAUAUAAUAAUUGGAAGUAUAGACUCAGGUGUUUGGCCUGAAUCCAAGAGUUUUAGUGAUGAAGGGAUGAGACCAAUCCCAACCAAGUGGAAAGGAAUAUGUCAGACAGACAAAAACAAUUCAGACAAUUUUCACUGCAAUAGAAAGCUAAUUGGCGCAAGAUACUUCUACCAAGAGUUUAAAUCUUUUGGUGGCAAGGGUUCAUUUGCAAGUGCUCGUGACUUUGAUGGUCAUGGCACACAUACACUAUCCACUGCUGGAGGUAACAUUGUUCAUGGAGCAAGUGUAUUUGGCCUUGGCAAGGGAACAGCGAGCGGUGCAUUACCAAAAGCUCGAGUGGCCUCUUAUAAGGUGGGAUGGCGAUCAAAAUAUGGUCAACCAAUCUCUUGUAAUUCAGACAUUUUGAGUGCUUAUGAAAAGGCCAUCAGUGAUGGCGUUGAUGUUAUUUCAAUGUCAAUGGGUGAUGAGAUUCCCGAGGAGUUUAUUUAUAGUGCUACUUGCUUAGGGUCCUUCAAGGCGGUUGCUAAUGGAAUUAUUGUUGUGAAGUCUGGAGGAAACAAAGGACCUUCUCCUAAUACUGUAACCAACUUGGAACCGUGGGUAAUCACGGUGGCUGCAAGCACAACAGACAGAGAGUUUUUUAGCUAUAUUACCCUUGGCAACAAGAAAGUCCUUCAGGGAACAAGCUUUCAUAAGUUUGGCUUAACACCUGGGAAAUUCUACCCGUUGGUCAGGGGUGUUGAUGUCAAAGCCCGCGAUGCAUCUGUCGAAAAUGCCAUGUUAUGCGAGGGUGGAGCUAUUGAUGAAAAAAAGGCAAAGGGAAAAAUACUAUUUUGCCUUUUAGGUGGUGAUUUUUCGGUGUAUGAGAAGGGUGUGGAAGCAGCGCGUGCAGGCGCGGUUGGAUUGAUUUUGGCUAGUGACGGGGAUUUAGAAGUUGCUGAAUGCCCUGAUGAUGUUCAUGUGCUUCCUGCUUCACAUGUCAACUCUAAAGAUGCUAGUUACAUUCUGAAUUACAUCAAGCACAACAGGUCGCCCAAGGCUCAUAUUUCAAGGGUGGAAACAAAACUGGGCAUAAACCCCGCACCUUAUGUUGCUUCAUUUUCUUCAAGGGGCCCAAAUCGUCUUGACCCAGCAAUCCUUAAGCCUGACAUCACUGCACCGGGAGUAAACAUUAUCGCUGCUUGUGCUGGUGCGUCUAUGGGAACUCCUUUCAUUAAAAUGUCAGGCACCUCAAUGGCAGCUCCUCAUGUUGCCGGCAUUGCUGGAUUGCUUAAAUCAAUCCAUCCUGAUUGGAGUGUUGCUGCUAUCAAGUCAGCACUAAUGACCACAGCAAGUACAGAAGAUAACUCUGGAGGGCCUAUGUUGGAGUCAGAUUAUUCAGAAUUGGAAGAGGCAACUCCAUUUGCUUGUGGCGCAGGCCACAUUCAACCUAAUCGUGCUAUGGACCCAGGUCUUGUGUAUGAUUUGGAUGUUUGUGAUUACUUGGACUACCUAUCACAGCGUGGUUGUGAUAGUUUUUAUCUAGAGAUGUUCUACAAGGGACCGUAUACUCCUUCAAAGUCAUUCAAAAUCGGAAAUUUUAAUUAUCCGUCUAUUGUGGUUCUUGACCUUGAUCUUGGACGCUCUGUGACGGUUAGUCGUGUUUUUACGAAUGUUGGGUCCCCCGGCGAGUAUAGAGUGAAAAUCAAGGCACAUCCACAAUUGCAAGUUGUAGUUAAGCCUCACAUUUUGACCUUCAAGAAAAAAGGUCAAAAAAAGGAGUUUAAGGUAACAUUUACCUGGAAGCCUAAGACGAAGGCGAAGGCGAAGGCAAAGACAAAGACUGAAUAUGUCUUUGGAAGGAUACUUUGGAGUGACGGGGAGCACGAUGUGAACACUCCUAUCACGGUUAGAUACCCCAAGUAGCUUCCUUGUGAAUUCCAUCGUAUUGUAAUAAUUAAUAUGAUUACUUAAGCCAUUUGGCAAUUCUGUUCUAGUACUUAAGCUUUACUGUUUCAGGCAUUUAAUUUCAAAUUCAUGUUCUGUGACUGUAUGACCGUAGAGAAAUUAUCUAGAAAAACAGAAAUUCCUUCUGCACUCAUGAAGUGUACCAAAUCAGAACAAAUUUUACUGUCUGCUGUAUUUUGGUUCUGUUUACAAAGGAACA